GGUGUAACGGCCUCGCGCGAAUAAUGGCCAUUUCUUCGUUGUGAGAUCUUUGUAUACAUAGGUAGUAAGAGAUAAAACGUCAAAGGAUUUCGAACGAUUUUCUCCCAAUUUGCAGCCGAUGUCUGUCUAAGCACGAAGAUCGACACACCCAGGCGACAAAGAAUUCGAGCACAUAUUCACGAAGAUGUCGCUUCUUUCCUUCCUUCCAACGUUCAUCAAAUCACAAUUCUUCGAGCACCCGGAAUUGCCAUCGACCGACUGCACAGGGAAGACAAUCAUCGUGACCGGCGCCAAUGUCGGUCUGGGCAAGGAAGCCGCGCGGCAUUUCGUGGCCAUGAAGGCGGCCAAUGUCAUCCUCGCGUGUCGCGCUGUAUCCAAAGGCGAAGCUGCGCGUGCCGACAUCGAAGCGACAACGAAGCGAUCGGGUGUCGUCCAAGUCUGGCAGCUAGACCUGGAGGAUCAUGACAGCAUACGCAAGUUUGUCCGGCGCGCAGAGACCCUCGACCGACUGGAUGUUGUUCUGGAGAAUGCUGGGCUCCAAGCAAUUCAGUUCAAGCUGGUCAAUGGGUACGAGACCGACAUCUCAAUCAAUGUGAUCUCGACAUUUCUGCUCGGCUUCCUCAUCCUCCCGAAGCUUCAGGAGUCGGCGCGCCGUUUCGCCAUUCAGCCGACAUUGACCAUUGUCGCAUCUGAUACGCACUACAUCGCUCAGUUCCCUGAGCGAAAGGCAGAACAUAUCUUCGAAGCAUUGAACAAAUCCAUGCCGAGCCCGAUGGAGCGCUACAGCACGAGCAAACUUCUCGAAAUUUUCGUCGUUCGAGAAAUCGCCAAACUAGCACCCGUCGAUAGACUUCAAGUCACCGUCAACUGUGUCAACCCAGGGUAUUGUCAUAGCCAGCUCGAGCGAGAGAUGACCAAUCGUCUAGUGAGCAUUGCCAAGAAGGUCGUCGCGCGCACGACGGAUGUUGGCGCCCGUGCUCUCGUCGAUGCUGCGUUGAAAGGACCUACCAGCCACGGUAAGUAUCUUCAGGAUUGCAAGGUGCGAAAGUGUGCGUCGAUUGUGGAGGGGAAUGGAGGAUCGCAGCUGCAGUCCCGAGUCUGGAGUGAACUUGGUGCCGAAUUGGAGAAGAUCCAGCCUGGUGUGACUGCUUCUGUAGGGGCUGGAGGAAAAAUAGGGAAAGAGUAAGCCUCGUCGUAUCGUUUUUGAGACAUCCAUGGAUCUUGGUCAUUGUGUAGAUUCAUCGAAACCCUGUCGGAAACGUCGUUGCUUGAUGUGCUAAAAAGAAAAAGGGAUAUAUACUUAAUUAUUCGCCGAAAAUGCACAUACGGCCACAGGCAGCUGAGAACAAGGGAUCCCGUCCGCUCUCCCAUAUUUAAGCA